AUGAGGACAUCGAAACGGAAACGGAUACACAACUUCGUGGAGUUUGUAGCCUUGUUGUCUUGUUUCUGUACUUAUCGGUGCAUCUCGGCCGAAGACGGCGCGAGCUCGUCACGCGAGAGCAAUGACCGCGGUUCCGGUGAGAAAUACGAAUGCGCCCUGUUACUCAAGCGACACUACGUACCCCAUGGCGAGAAAGAUCGCGGAUAUAAUGAUCCGUAUAGCGGGACCUACGGGAACGAGGCGGAUCGAGGCUAUUACAAUGACGUCGAGCCCCACGAGGUGAUCUGCAUAAAAUACGCCGAUAUCAAUAAAGCUGUACGCGAAGCAAAACGCCGGACAAAUUUCAUCCGCCCCCGAGGUAUCGAUGAUCCCCUGCCAACCGAAAGAGAUAUCGCGCCCACCGGAGAGCUCACGCUGGAAACCACUCGAAUACUCGCAGGGGAAUUCCGAUUGACUCAUGACGAAAUAUCCAAUGCGCUCCCAUUGAUCGAUGUUUCCCAAACCGACCUAUGGGAUGCGUGUCCCGCUCACGUAAAACCCAUUCCCUGUACUGUGGAGCGCUUCCGGACCCAGGAUGCCCGGUGCAAUAACAUUAAACACCCGUCGUGGGGCGUGACGAACACACCGUUCGUUCGAUUUCUGCCACAAGUCUACAGUAACGGCAUCGACGGCCUUCGUUUAGCUAAGGAUGGCGGAGAUCUGCCGAAUCCACGGGCGAUCUCGAAUUUCAUACAUCGGGACUUCGAUGAACCGUCGCCCAUGCUGACAAUUCUGGUGAUGUCUUGGGGUCAAUUCAUAGAUCACGACCUAACUCUCGCAGCUCCGCCGCGAGAUGAGCAGGAUCUCGACUUCGACUGCUGCGGAGUUCCUCCAGAUAUGCAGCAUCCCCUGUGUUUGACGAUCGAUGUCUCCCCCAAAGACCCUUUUUACGGUCAAUUCAAUCGGCGAUGCAUCGAAUUCAAGCGGUCCUUGGCCGGGCAGAGACCAAACUGUGCAUUGGGUCCUAGAACACAUAUCAACAUUCUGUCCCAUACCAUUGACGCAAACUUCAUCUAUGGAUCGUCCGAUGCUCUCUCGGCUCGUCUCCGAGCUUUUGAUAGAGGUCUGAUGAGAACUUGGGACCGAUUUCGAGAUCUAGGAUUGAAACCCAUACUGCCUCCUGAGAGCGAGAAUCCCGAGCGGGACUGCAUAGGGCGUCCGCGGAACUUGUUCUGUUUCAUAGCCGGGGAUGAACGCGUCAACGAACAGAUUCAUCUGACCGUGCUGCAUACAUUCUACGUCCGUGAUCACAACAGAUUCGCUCUUGAGCUCGGGCGCCUUAAUCCGCAUUGGGACGAUGAUAGAACUUACCAAGAGACGCGCCAUAUUCUGGCUGCGAUGGUCCAAUACAUUGUGUAUCACGAGUAUCUCCCAAUGGCGCUUGGACCGGACAUAAUGUCGACGUAUAAUCUCACUCUUGUGGAGGACGGCUACUGGGACGGGUACGAUCCCGACGUCAACUUCGCUCUAGCCAAUAGUUUCCAAGCAGCUGCCUUCCGUUUCGGCCAUACUUUCAUUCAAGGAAUGGUCAGACGUUACAACAAAUAUCACGAGUUCCUCGGUCAGACACCCUUGAGGGAGCUCCUGCAGCAACCGUUCGUGGUUUAUGAGCCUGGGAAACUUGACGAGUUGGCCCUAGGUCUGAUAAACACACCUGCACAGACCUACGAUCCGUUUAUUACACAGGAGGUCACGGAGCAUUUGUUCCAAAACCCCGAGGAACCCUUCGGGCGAGAUCUCAUUUCGAUCAAUUUGCAACGGGCUCGAGAACACGGGGUUCCGGGCUACAACGCCUUCAGGGAAUGGUGUGGACUUGGACGCGUAGACACAUUCGAGGAGCUCGAGCCAUUCCUGAACAAUGGCACCGCGUUGCGGUAUUCUAAGAUUUACAAACAUCCGGACGACAUCGAUCUCUGGUCGGGGGGAAUCUCGGAGCGGAUCAUCGAAGGUGGAAUGAUCGGACCCACCUUCGCAUGCGUGGUCGGUAGACAGUUCCAAAAUCUCCGUCGCGGCGAUAGAUACUGGUUCGAGAAUCCGAACUUUCCUUCUUCUUUCACUCCAGAGCAGUUGCGCGAAAUCCGCACCGCCUCCCAGGCCAAGAUCAUUUGCGCUAAUGGAGACGAUAUACCCACGAUUCAGAGAUUCGUGCUACGACUCGCUCAUCCAGUCUACAACCCGCGUGUGCGAUGUGAGGACCUGCCUGAUCCGGACCUGAGUUACUGGAGGGAAGAUCCCAAAACGGGUCAAUGGCCGACUGCUAGCGAUGACUACAGAAGGAGGAAGUGA